UUUGACAAGUAUAUCAUACACUUUUGAACUAUUCACCAUGUACCUACUAAUGUUUGCUUUUGCCUCAAUUGGAUGGGUGUCUGCUUUUACAAACUGCGAAGAAAGCACAGUUUAUGGUACUGCUUAUAAGGCACUUUUUGAACAUCUCGGCUUGAACAAGACUGACGUUCCAAAAACCCACCAACUGCCCUACUUCAUGGACCCUCCUACUGAAGUUUAUGUGGACCUGUAUGUGACAUCCAUCAUAGAAGUGAAUGAAAAAGCCCAGAGCCUCUCAACACAGGUCAAAAUGAUGACUGCUUGGAUCAAUAACAUGGAGUGGCAGUACGAUCAGUUUUGUGGAAUUGACGCAGUUCCAGCAACAAAAGAUAUGUUUUGGACUCCAGAUAUUAUUAUCAAAGAAAGCAUCAAAACAGAGUUUGGAACAAAGGAGUCUCCAUAUUUGCAGUUGCUCUGGUGGGACCUGUCAGUCUCAGUUGAUAUUUUAGCUCUGACCACUGCUUGUAAGAUGGACCUCUACAGAUUUCCCUUCGACACCCAAAUCUGCAAUAUAACACUUCACUCUGCAGUGCAUUCAAUUGAUGAGCUUACCAUCGAUCCAUUUUCUGAUAAUAAAAACAUUACGCAUGAAUCCAAGGAGUUCUUUCAAGCUCAGGGAGAGUGGGAACUCCUCAGUAUAGAUGCUUCUAAAUCUAAUGCCACUCUUCUAGAUUAUUUACAGGAUCUGCUGAUAUACAAGAUCACCAUCAAGAGGAGACCUCUACUGUAUGUCAUAAACAUUAUAAUACCAGUAUUUUUCUUCCUUGUGCUGGAUGUGAUGUCGUUCUUCAUUGACGCAAGUGGAGCAGACAAGCUGAGCUUUAAAGUGACUUUACUGCUGUCUAUUUCUGUUUUGCUGCUGAUUCUUAACGACACGCUGCCCUCUACAGCUAAUGCAAUCCCAUUGAUUGGCAUUUACUGCAGUGUGAUUUUCAGUCUCAUUGGUUUCAGCAUUCUGGAGACCAUCCUUGUGUCUUUCCUGAUGGCUAAAGGAGCCGAGAAGAGAUCAGUGGAAAACACAGCUGCUGUUAGUGGCCGAGAUGAUAUUGUAAGAGACCUGCACAACUCCCCAGACUCAGUUAGAGAUCAGAAUGGGAUGCAGAGAUCACUGUGCUGGAUUCGAGUGGCAAGAAUCAUAGAUGUGACCUUCUUGGUUCUUUAUUUAAUGACCAUUAUUGUGUUUCUGACCAUGCUUGGGAAAAGCUGGGUUUCAUACUGAUGUCUCGUAUACAUGAAA